AUGCCAAAAGUCAGACGGGGAACAAAACCGCCUCCAGAAGGAUGGGAGCUAAUCGAGCCAACUCUAACUGAGCUUGCACAAAAAAUGAGACAAGCUGAGAGCGAGCCAACCGAAGCCAAGCGUAAAGUGGAGACAGCAUGGCCAAUUAUGCGUUUGCACCAUCAACGAACUCGAUACAUUUAUGAUAUCUAUUAUAGGCGAAAGGCCAUUACUAGGGAUUUAUACGACUACUGUAUCAAACAGGGACAUGCAGAUGCAGCAUUGAUUGCAAAAUGGAAAAAGACUGGAUACGAGAAACUGUGCUGUUUAAGAUGCAUACAACCCAAGGAUACCAAUUUUGGAACGACAUGUAUUUGUCGUGUACCUAAACAGCAACUGGACGAAAACAAGGUGAUUGAAUGCGUGCAUUGUGGAUGCCGAGGAUGUGCUUCUGGAAGCUGA